AUGGCUUCUGGAAGGCUCAUUAAGUUCGUGGUUUUUGAGCUCCUAGAGUUUGCCGCUUUCUCCAUCCCCACCCUCGUGAUCACAGAACAGUUUGCCACCGCCUACCAAGGAACAAGGGCUGGAUCUGACAACACACACUACUGGCUGAUCGUCUCCUGUUCUAUUGCCUAUGUUGCGUUAGUGACACUACUGAUCUGGGUUCCUGUAAAAGUUAUACUGCACAAGAAACGUUAUAUUUACAGAAAAAUUAAAGGAUGGAGACCUGUUCUGAUGAUGUGUGUGGUCCUCACCACACUGCCGUGCCUCACCUUUUCCAUAGCAGUGACUGAGGUUCAAAAGAGCAUUAAAGGGUCCGCUGAUGUCUUACCUGAUAUGUUACCUGACCUGCCCGUAUCUCUGGUUCUGUCAUCCCUGAUCAUGGUUGAUAUUAUUGAAAAACUCAGGAUAUAUCCUCUUAGAGGGAGUCAAAAGAGUAGUGAAAAUGGACACAUCCAUUCAACCUCUUUGCAACACAUAAAAACUGUGACGGAGCAAGUGAGGCAAAGUCCAGAAAAUGCUGCAUCUCCCCAGGCAGCCAACAGCACCCAGGUGUCGCAGCCAUCAGGAGCCAUGACACGGAGCCAGGUGUCUGUGUUCAUGGGACCCCAGGAACCCUCCUGUGACUCCGGAAUCCUGAGAAUGAUGUCCCGGCGAGAUGUCCGGGCAGAGUUAUUCUUAUGGAGCUUUCUCCUGUGGUCUGACACGAUAGAAAUGGUGCGUGUGGCUGGUCACCCCAACGUCUACAAGUCAAGCUGGCUAUACCCAGUCUACAUAUUCAGUUUUAUUUCUCUCCUUCGAAUUACAUUCACUCCCCAAAACCCUCUUCUCAAUUCCCUUAGCGUCCUGCUGCAAGAUUUACCGUUUGUUUUUGUUAGACUUGGUUUAAUCAUUGCCCUGGGGACUAUCACACCCGUACUGGGCCUGUGUAAAAAUAUCCUCGUGACUCUGUCUUACAUUUACUUCAAUUACCUAACCAGACUCAGGUUUUUUUCUGCCUUUGAAAUGUCUCCAUUUUAAAAAGAAAAUGGGAUCUAGGAAGGCCUCUUUGUGAUACCUGUGUGCACAUUUGUAAUCCUUCUUUUUUUCUUGGGGUGUAGGUGUUUGCACUAUGAAGGAAAUGACUAGAUUGUAGAGAAUAAGCCAUUUUUACUAACUCUAACGUAUCAGUUUUUUUUUUUUUUUUUUACAUAUACAAAUGGUGCUAAAUUUAAGUAAAGUAAUAUUCUUAUAAGUUGGCUCUCAGGUAUUUCUAGAAAAUGUUAGCAGUUAAUUUUAGUUAGUUAUGUAUACUGAGGUCCCCAACCCCUGGACCAUGGUCUCAGUACUGGUCCAUAAUCUGUUAGCAAGCAGACCACACAGCACGUGGUGAGCCUUGAACUGAGCGUUCCCGCCUGCAUUCCACCUCCUGUCAGAUCAGCAGCGGCAUUAGAUCCUCAUAGGAGCCCAAACCCUAUUGUGAACUGCCUAUGCGAGGGAUCUAGCUUGCGCUCCUUAUGAAAAUCUAAUACCUGAUGAUCUGAGGUGGGACAGUUUCAUCCCAGAACCCAACCCCUCCCCCAACCCCGGCUGUGGAAAAAUUGUCUUCCACAAAACUAGUCCCUGGUGCCAAAAAGGUUGGGGACCAGUGAUGUAUACCACCCUUUUUCUAAGAAUGCUCUUCCACAGAGCCUUUUAAAAAAACUAAGAACCUUUUCCAUCAAGUUAGCCCAAGAAUAAGAUUUUUAUCUUUUAUAUAGAUAGCAUUAUAUGAAUUGACUGAUUAAAUUUAGUUUUAAAAACACACUUGAAAUUAUUGAAUAAUUUUUAGAUUAUAGUUUGUUUUUUUUUGGAGACAGUGUCUCGCUCUUGUCCCCCAGGCUGGAGUGCGAUAGCAUGAUCUCAGCUCACUGCAACCUCCGUCUGCUGAGUUCAAGUGAUUCUCUUGCCUCAGCCUCCCAAGUAGCUGGGAUUACAGGCGCCUGCCACCACGCUGGCUAAUUUUUGUAUUUUUAGUAGAGACGAGGUUUCACCAUGUUGGCCAGGCUGGUCUCGAACUCCUGACCUCAGAUGAUCCACCUGCCACGGCCUCCCAAAGUGCUGGAAUUACAGGCGUGAGCCACCUUGCCCGGCCAGAUUAUACUUUUUAAAAAUUUGAACAUUGUAGUUUUAGGGGUUCCUUCAAACAUGGAAUUAUAUUCUUUAUUCCAUUGUGGCAAGGGACUUUUAUUCAAUAAAUUGAUUUUAGCCUAAAAAGUAAUUCACUUUAAUAGAUAUUUGGCUCAGUUUAAGGCUUAGCUGUGUUGCCAGUACUGAAGUACUAAUAUGAGUCUUGUUUAGUAUAAUGAAGUCAAGGUACAUCAGUAAUACCAAGAUAAAGUUUCAUAAUAAAAACCCAUAAAGUGAACACAGAGAUUCCAAAGUAAAAGAAUAUUUUAUUUGUGGAAUUUGAUACUUUGAUAAAUAAAGUACAAGCCCUGUUUAAAAUUAAAAGUUCAGCUUACAAAU